AUGUCUAUCCUUCGCUCAGAUUCGCGCACUGAGGCCGAUGUGCGCUCGUUGACGAUGAGGAUGUCAAUUUUGUCGCGGUCGGAUGGUUCUGGACAAUUUUCCUUCGGUGACCUCAAGGCCUUGGGAGCGGUGACUGGUCCGGCUGAAGUUCGAAUUAGGGAUGAGAAACCUACGGAAGCUUCUCUCGAAGUUAACGUUGUCCCGGUUUGUGGUCUUCCGGGACCCGCGACAAAAUCUUUAGCUCAUUCGAUUAAACUGUUCUUUACGCCGCUGAUUUUACUGAACAAAUAUCCGAGAUCAUUGAUCCAAAUCAAUCUUCAAACACUCUCUAAGCCGACCGAUCGCUGGACAAACGGGUUCUCGACGGCCUCCCUUGAGCAAUCGCCGGUGCCCCUAUUCGACGAGACCCAGAGUGUCACCGAGAAAGCCGCGCUGAUCAACGCCGCCAGUCUCGCUCUGCUCGACGCCGGAGUAGGCAUGAGGGGAUGUGCAUUCGCGGUCGGGGUGGCCAUUAUACCCGCAUCCGCUGCUAGGUCCAAUCACUCAGACCAAGCCCUCAACUCCGAUCAAAUCGUCCUAGAUCCUAACCCGACCGAGGAGUCUUUCGCUAAAAGUUUGCAUCUGGUAGGCUUCCAUUUCGGCCAUGGGUUCAAUACUCAAACAAGCUCUGGCGAUAGCAUUGGUAAACUCGCCCUGUGUGAAAGUAAUGGCACCUUUAGCUAUGAUCAGCUACAAACUGUUGUCAAAUUCAGCUCGUUGGCUACUCAACAGAUCCUUGCCUUUGUGCGUCAAAGCUGUGAGACAGUAUAUCAGCAGGAAGAUGACUCCAACACUGUUUCCGAAAUUGUCGGGCAACCUUCUUCAACCGCUAACACUGCUGCCGAGAACAGGAAGAAAAAAAAAUCUAAGAAGAACAAGUGA